AUGAGCCGCUGGCCGCCGUGCCAGGCCGGCGCCAACGGCACGGAGCCCGGCGCCCUGCGGCCGCGGGCCAACGGCACGGGCCGGGCGGCGGAGGGCUGCGGCGCCGUCUCCGUGGCCUUCCCGCUGACCAUGAUGAUCACAGGCGUGGUGGGCAACGCGCUCGCCAUGGGGCUGGUGUCGCGCAGCUACCGCGCCAAGAAGAACCGCCGCAAGCGCUCCUUCCUGCUCUGCAUCGGCUCCCUGGCCCUCACCGACCUGGUGGGGCAGCUGCUCACCAGCCCCAUCGUCAUCUCUGUCUACCUGUCCAACCGGGCCUGGUCCGCCCUCGACCCCUCAGGCCACCUCUGCACCUUCUUCGGAUUCAGCAUGACUGUCUUCGGGCUCUGCCCGCUCUUCAUCGCUAGCGCCAUGGCCGUGGAGAGGGCCCUGGCCAUCCGCACGCCCCACUGGUACGCCAGCCACAUGAAGACCCGGGUGACGCGGCUGGUGCUGCUGGGCAUCUGGCUGGCCGUGUUCACCUUUGCCCUCCUGCCCGUGGCCGGCCUGGGGCACUACACGCUGCAGUGGCCCGGCACCUGGUGCUUCAUCAGCACUGGGGACGACGCGUUCUCCGGCAGCAUCUUCUUCGCCUCCACCUUUGCUUUCCUGGGGCUCUCCUCCCUCUUCGUCACGGUGGCCUGUAACCUGGCGACCAUCAAGGCCCUGGUGUCUCGCUCCCGCACCAAGGCCACAGCCUCUCACUCCAGCAAGCAGUGGGGGCGGAUUGCCAUGGAGACCCUGAUCCAGCUCCUGGGCAUCAUGUGUGUCCUUUCCACAUGCUGGUCACCGCUGCUGAUAACAAUGUUGAAAAUGAUCUUCAGCCACACGUCUUUUGAACACUGCAAAGGAUUCUCCAGUGCAGCCCAAAGCUCAGAACUGCAGAAAGAAUGUAAUUUCUUCUUGACAGCUGUGCGCUUGGCCUCACUAAAUCAGAUACUGGAUCCGUGGGUUUAUUUGCUACUGCGAAAGAUUUUUCUCCAGAAGUUCUGUCAAGCAGCCAGUGCUGUCUCCAAGUGCUCUAACAACGAAUGGAAAGAGAGAUCAAUCACAUUAUCAGAGGAAAUCAGACGGACAACAGCAUGA